AUGAUGCAAGCUGCCCGGCUGCAGCUAGCCGCUUCCCUUCAUGGCCACACAUCCCGUACGUCGGAGCUACUCAUGUCCACCCUUGGCAGUGCGUUGGUAGAAGCCUGCAUUGAUUUCCAAACAGCGGUAGACGAACGAGGGCAGGACGAGGAAGAACACAAUGUGAACAGGGAGGAAGAACUGAGCAAAUGGCGGCAUGGUUGA